AGGCCAUCCUAGGGCGCUGAAGAAGCGUUGCCAUAGAUACAGGAGCGUCGCAAACACUGUCAAAGGAAACGCCUCCACUUUCUUAAACUACUGUAAGUUAGCAUAUGACGGGAUGACCGACGUAAAUUUGUUUACAGCGCUGCUACUGGUAAAUAACAGGACCUGAAUGCUCUUUUUUAUACAUAGAUCAUGGAGGGUUAUGAUGAGCUGAAUGAUUUGCGGCUUCAGUUCCAUGAGCUACAAAAACAGCAGGAGAAAAGACUAGCAAGAAGAAUGGAGAGCCGUCCUAAUAAGCGUGAAGAUGUUACUCAAGAUGAUUUGGGCUUAUCUAAGCAAAGUACUUUGUCCAACAAUCAUGGAGACAGAUUGAUGUGGAAAGAGCAUCAGAAUGUGUUAGACCAGGUGAGAGAGCUAAAGGAUGAAAAUGGUCGUCUCUUCAAGCUUCUGAGCGAGAAGGACUUUGAAAUUCAGCACCUGAGAAGAAAAAUGGAAGAAGAAAGACUGGCUUUAGCAGGAACCUCGAGCUUAGCAGGGGAUGUGGCUGCUAUGAAGAUUGUUGAGCUGUCUAAGAAGAACAGAGAACUAACUGCUAAGAUUGAGCGAGAGAAGUUUCUAUCGAAGCAAAGCAGCAACCGAAUUAAAGAGCUUGAAAAAGAGCUGGAGGCUGCUUUGUCUUACUCUCCACAUGGGCAACAGUCUGACACAACAUCACAGGACAAGAGGUCGGCUAAAGAAUUUGAGCAGGAAAGUCCAGUGGUGAAAUCUCUACAGGAAAAACUCUCAGCUGCCCAGCUGAAAAUGGCUGAGUAUCGCAACCAGAUUCAGUCUAUCAAACAGGAGUUGAAAGUAGCUCAGAAGGUGUUGAUCAGCGAGGUUGGGGAGGAAGUCAACCUUCAGCAGUUAUUAAGCUGCCCAGAAAACUUCAGAGGCCGUUCUCAGCAAAUACUCGCUCUUCAGAAACGGGUUCGGGACCUUGAGCAGCAGCUGAUCCAGUCAGGUCAGGAAAGACAGUCAAGUGUAGAGGAAGAGUUAAUGGGCAUGAAAAGCUCUCCUCAAGACAGAAACCUCAGCAAAAUCCGCACCAUUGAGAAGGAGAAGAGGGAGGCAUUUGAGAGGAUGUCUGCUGACUACGAGACCCUCUUGAAAGACCACGAGGAUUUGAAGAAAAAGCUAGAAGCUUCUAAAGCCAGGAACAAAACGCUGUCUGUGGAAGUGAACACUCUCAAAUUCCAGAUUUCCACCCUGAUGGAGAAGAGUAAACAUGAUGAUGAGCUUGUGCACCUUCUGUUGAAACAGCAGUCCCAGAUGCAGGAGGUGCUGAAGCAGCUGAGCCAACAGCAGAACCCGAAGAGAAAAGAAACCCAGCCAGGCCCUGCGGAGCAGCUGAGCAGCGAGUGUUCAGAGCACAAUAUCCUCAUCCAGAAUCUUAAGAAGGUGGUUGCUGAAAAAGAGGCAAAUAUCAAACGACUAGAAGAGGAGAUCCACCAACUCAGGAUGAAGCAUGAGGAAAAACAGUCCUGCUCUAAAGAAACUUGCAGUUCAGGAAAUCCCCCUGAAGAGGGAGACAUUAACAUGCACAUGACAUCUUCAGGGGAGCUGAGUUGCCAGUAGAAUGGGACACAUGUUGAGCAGAUCAGCGUAUGACAGACAAUGUAAAACACUGCCACUUUC